AUGGCUGUUCUUCGGGCUCUCCUCCUCCUAGCGACGGUUACUCGCGUUCUUGCAAACGCCAAAUACACAGGAACUGGGUCCACAGGUCUCUAUUGGGACUGCUGCAAACCAUCAUGCUCCUGGACUGAGAAAGGGCCAUGGUUAACACACCCAGUCCAAACUUGCAAAAAGGACGAUUCGCCACUAAACGACUUCACAGUCGGAUCUGCCUGCGGGCAGGGUGGAACCGCAUUUGUAUGCAACAAUCAACAACCAUGGGCUGUGAACGAUACGUUCUCGUAUGCGUUCACCAGUACUUUCAUUCCAGGUGCCAGCGAGUUUGAUUGGUGUUGUUCGUGUUAUGAACUUACCUUCCUCAAUGGCGGACUUGAAGGGAAGCGAAUGAUAGUUCAAGCGAGCAAUACUGGAUAUGACGACCCAAAGAGAACCAUCUUUGGUGUUGGUGCUCCCGGUGAGAAGGAUUAUGCCGACGGGUGCAUGGAUCGCUAUAACAGCGACGGCGGCGGCUUCCUUGGAAAAGAAGGAAGACCUCUAACCAAGAGGUCGGAUUGUGAAUCUCUUCCAAAACAAUUGCAGCAAGGCUGCUUCUGGCGUUUCGAUUGGUUCUUAGAUGCUUUCAAACCAAACAUGACAUUCCAAAGAGUGAAAUGUCCAAAGGCUCUUACCGAUAUUACUGGAUGUAUCAGAGACGACGAAGAUAAAUUCAAUGCGAGCGCAGGAGGGAAAACAAAUGCUGCCUCAACCCCACGCGGGGAUUCAUUCGGUCUUCUUGCAACGUCCUUGGUUUUGGCGGCCUUCGCUUUCGCCUUCAACGUCUAG